AUGGCGCACCCCGCGCAAUUCUUCACCCUGCCAGCCGAGCUGCGUCUGAUGAUUUGGGAGUUUGCACUUCCAGCUCGAGUUGUUGAGAUUGGAGAACCGUGCGACCCAGACAUCAUACCAGAGGAAGACCUCAGGCAAGCAUGGAUCCUCAACAGAAAGUAUCCAGUCAUUGCUCAUGUCUGCUGGGAAUCCCGCCAGGUUGCUUUGGCCAAAUUCAAGCUCCCUAAAGGUGUCAGUCUUGCGCCGGAUUGCGUAACAGACAUUCGAUGGUGGUGGAAUUCCACCGACACCAUUCACUUCAAUGCUCCCGAAAUGAAGUUCGCCCGACAAAGAUGUAGACUGGAAGAUGACUUGCUCAGAUUGGUCAGAGUUCCUAUUCUGAGGAAAAAGGUCUCAAUCAGUGCGGACGUUGUCCACCCUUUUCUGCGUUUCCGUAAUAGGUGUGACAUCUCAAAGUCCUUGGUAUGGGAUGUACUUUCCUCAGUGAAUACAUGGAUGGUAUCCCUACAUACCGUUUGUAUUCGAGCCACCAACGAGCAGGCUCGGGAGCUGGGCCUCUUCGGCAACGGUGAGGAGCCAGCACAGUUGAUCGACCCAUUCGACAAGGCAGCUAUCCAGCGGUUCAGACAGCUCUGGGGCAACACAAAACAAGAGGUAUCUUCAGUCAAGUUCUUUGAAACAAUUGACACCAAAAGAUUCACCUUUCGAGUCGAGAGGUGGCUCGCGGAGAUGUCAGCGGAGUACAUCGAUUACAAAUGGACCAAUCCACCAUUCCUUACCCCAGGACCGCAGGACGUAAUUGCAUCACUUCGUCGGUACCCAAAUCAAAGACAUCACCCUGAUACCAAACAAUAUCUCGUUGGGUUUCCCACUCUGGACCUGAGGAUCAUGUUUCGACUCUGCCCGCCUACGGUCGAGCAUGUGAUUACAUAA